AUGACAACAUAUGAUUUGUGGAAAGGUCUUGAAAAUCUCUUCCGAGACAACAAAGACUCUCGUGCAAUGCAACUCGACCAAGACCUCCGGUCAAUCGAGAUCGGAGACAUGUCCAUUCACUACUACUGCCACAAAAUCAAAGUAUUGUCCGCCCUUCUUGCCAAUAUUGAUCAGCCUAUGCCCGAGAAGAAUCUAGUCAUUUACAUGAUUAAUGGCUUUGGAGAUAAGUUUGACAAUCUCUCAAGCAUCAUUCUCCAUCAACGACCCAUUCUGUCUUUCCUACAAGCUCGUUCCAUGCUGAUGGUUGAAGAAACACGCCUCCAGCGUCCCCGUUCAUCUACAACAGCUCAUCGUGUUCAUAACUCUUCUCCGGCUACUCUUCUUGCCGGAAUUGAUGCUCAACAUCUGUCACAUCAGCCUCGCCCUGGAGACCGAGACCGGCGGCAAAACGACGGUGGUGACCGGCGACAACACUUCGAACGCCGACAACAAAAUAUGCGUGGCAGCGACAGGUGA